UCUAAUUUCCAAAAACGUGGUGCCCAGGACUUUCUUUACCCACAUUCACAGAUCAAGAUGCCAGGCGGUAACACUGUGAAGGACGUGUCUCCCCACGAUUUCGUCAAGGCCUUUGCAGGCUACCUAAAAAAGUCUGGGAAAAUGAAGGUUCCAGAAUGGGCCGAAAUAGUGAAAACCUCAAAAAGCAAAGAACAAGGACCAUAUGAUCAAGACUGGUUCUACAUUCGCUGUGCAUCUGUUGCCAGACACAUUUACAAAAGACAAUGUGUUGGUGUUGGUGCACUGAGAAAAGUGUAUGGAGGUGCAAAGCGCAAUGGAACAAGACCAAACCACUUCUGUCUUGGCUCAGCAUCAGUUGCAAGGAAAGCCCUUCAAGCAUUGGAAGGAAUGAAACUAGUUCAAAAGGAUUCAAAUGGUGGCAGAAGCAUCACACCACAAGGACAAAAGGACAUGGACAGAAUUGCUGGACAGGUUGCCACAGCACAGUGAGAAGCCAUGAACAAUUCUUUUUUGAAGUAAAUAUAAAAAAAUAUAAGUGAAAAUA